AUGCCUCUGUCACUCUACAACCCAUCUCUCAAGCAUGCUUGUUGGGCCCUUCUCCUCUGCACUGGCGUCUUCAUCAUCAAUGGCAACCUCUCCGACCCCAACCUCUUCAACAAGCUCCUUGACAUCGUGUCCUUCACCCAUGUCCUCCGCCUUGCCUCCCUCCCUGCUGAUGCCCCCCUCGGCCAUCUCAACCCUGCUGUCUUUGCCUAUGUUGAUGUUGAAGCCCUCAUUUCUCUUUUCAAGCCUGCUUGUGCCAUCGAUUCCUCAUCAACCAUCAUCUGGGUCUCUUCCACCUUUGUUUAUGGCCUCAACCCGACCUCGACCCCCAUCGUCGAGUCCAAUCCCAUCGACCACCUUGCCACCCUCUUUGCUUCUGGCAAGAACACUACUGAGGAGAUAGCCUAUGCCUAUAGGUACACAUAUGGCCUCUCUAUCACCACCCUCCACCUCUUCACUGACUACAAUCCAUAG